UCCCGCACUGCUAAGGUCACUGCUGUCAUUCCGGGAGUUCGCCAGCAGCUUCAACCUCGCCAGCCGCCGCCAAGCUCACCUCAGCAGACAACGAACAACCAACAACAUGUCUCUGUCCAACAAACUUACCCUGGAUAAGGUGGACCUCAAAGGGAAGCGGGUCAUAAUGCGGGUCGACUUCAACGUACCGAUGAAAGACAAGCACAUCACAAACAACCAGAGGAUCAAGGCGGCGGUUCCCAGCAUCCAACACUGCUUGGAUCACGGCGCCAAGUCGGUGGUGCUGAUGAGUCACUUGGGCCGCCCUGACGGUAACUUCGUGCCUGAGAAAUACUCGCUGGAACCCGUGGCCGCCGAGCUGAAGUCCCUGCUGAAGAAAGACGUCCGCUUCCUGAAGGACUGUGUGGGUGCGGAGGUGGAGGCCGCCUGCGCGAACCCCGCCACCGGCGCCGUCAUCUUGCUGGAGAACCUGCGCUUCCACGUGGCCGAGGAGGGAAAGGGCAAAGACUCCUCAGGAAACAAGACCAAAGCCUCCCAGGAGCAGAUCGACUCCUUCAGGGCGUCUCUGUCCAAACUGGGAGACGUUUACGUCAACGACGCCUUCGGCACAGCUCACAGGGCACACAGCUCCAUGGUGGGCGUCAACCUGCCCCAGAAGGCUGCUGGCUUCCUGAUGAAGAAGGAGCUGGACUACUUCGCCAUGGCCCUGGAGAAACCUCAGAGGCCUUUCUUGGCCAUCCUUGGAGGGGCAAAGGUGAAAGAUAAGAUCCAGCUGAUCAACAACAUGCUGGACCAGGUGGACGAGAUGAUCAUUGGUGGCGGCAUGGCUUUCACCUUCCUCAAAGUCCUCAACAACAUGCAGAUCGGCAACUCUCUGUACGACGAGGAGGGCGCCGCCAUCGUCAAGGACCUGAUGGCCAAAGCCGAGAAGAACGGCGUCAAGAUCACGCUGCCCGUCGACUUUGUCACCGCCGACAAGUUCGACGAGAAGGCGACCACGGGCACCGCCACCGUGGCCGCCGGCAUCCCCGCCGGCUGGAUGGGUCUGGACUGCGGACCCGAGAGCUCCAAGGCAAACGCCGAGGCGGUGGGCAGAGCCAAGCAGAUCGUGUGGAACGGCCCAGUUGGCGUGUUCGAGUGGGACCACUUUGCCAGGGGGACAAAAACCCUGAUGGACAAAGUGGUGGAGGUGACCAAGUCAGGCUGCGUCUCCAUCAUAGGCGGGGGCGACACUGCCACAUGCUGCGCCAAGUGGAACACGGAGGACAAGGUCAGUCACGUGAGCACUGGAGGCGGAGCCAGCUUGGAGCUGCUGGAAGGCAAAGUCCUGCCAGGAGUGGACGCCCUGAGCAACGUCUAGAACUUCCCAUCAGCCCGCUGUGUGUGUGUGUGACUGUGCGAGUGUGUGUGUGUGUGAGAGGUGAGUCCGCUUUAAAUCAAUCUAAACUUUGACAAGUAGACAAUUCAAGAUUAAAUAAAUCACUAACGACUUUUACUCUCGUUUUAAACCGUCAUCCCUAAAAGGUUGGCAGUGUGAAGUCAUGGAAGAUGCUUCACAACGUCACUACUAAAAAACAUAGGCUGUAAUAAUAAUAAUUAUUAUUAUUUAUAGGUACCAUUAACUUGUACUCUAAUGCUUGUUGUGGUCACAUGUCCUGUCUUUGUCAAGUUAAUAAAUGUCGGUAAAAAAAAAGACCA